CGCAGUUUUGGGAGGUAACAUUCAAAAGUCAAAUUUAUUGGACCCAAUAAUUUUUAAUGAAAAUUAGUUAAAUGAUUGCUAUUAUGCUGUUUAAAAUAAUAAUUAAUGAGGUAUUUAACUUCAGUCUAAACAGACAUUUCAAUUAAAAACUAGUUGGGUAUGCAUUUUCUGUUACUAUGUCUGACGUUUCUUUGACAUUUGAAGAAAAAUUGGAUUUAAGAUCUUGGGGUUUGCCUGAACAUAUUCUUGAGAAAUAUUUGUUAAAGGGUGUCAAAAAGAUGUUUCCCUGGCAAGUUGAAUGUCUUAUGUCUGGAAAUGUAUUAUUAGGUGGAAAUCUUAUUUAUUCUGCACCUACUUCUGCUGGUAAAACAUUAGUAGCUGAAAUCCUCGCAAUUAAAACAGUUUUAGAAAGAAGGAAAAAGGUAAUAGUAAUAUUGCCCUUUGUAUCAGUCGUGAGAGAGAAAAUGAUCUAUUUCCAGGAAAUAUUUUCAGGAAGUGGUAUUAGGGUUGAAGGAUUCAUGGGAUCUUAUAACCCUCCUGGAGGUUUCCGAUCUGUGCACUUGGCAAUUUGUACCAUUGAAAAAGCCAACAAUUUAAUUAAUAGGCUUUUAGAAGAAAGAAAUUUAGGUGAUAUAGGUACAGUGAUCGUAGACGAACUCCAUUUACUCGGUGAUCCACAUAGAGGAUAUCUUUUAGAGUUAUUAUUGACAAAAUUGAAAUUCAUUUGUCAAAAGGGUUUAUCAGCUAACAUACAGAUUAUCGGUAUGUCUGCUACACUUCCUAAUCUAGAUGUACUCGCAUCUUGGUUGAACGCAACUUUGUAUCAUACUGACUUUCGACCAAUACCACUUUGUGAAUACCUUAAAGUUGGAAGGAGUAUUUAUAAAUUUCCUGAUUUGAAUCAAAGCAUUGAAAUCAAGCCAGAAGUUGAUAUUCAGAAUGAUCCAGGAGAUGUUGUAUACCUUUCUUUGGAUACCAUUGUAAAAGGUUACUCUCUUCUUAUAUUUUGUCCUACUAAAAAUUGGUGUGAGACUCUGGCUGUUCAGAUAUCAUCAGAAAUUAAGAGGAUAGGUAGUGAUAAGAACAGCAUUGGAACUUCACUUAGGAAUGAACUUAACUCUGGUGGCAUAUCUGAUAUUUUAGAACAACUCAAAAAAUGUCCUGCUGGACUUGAGAAAAAUCUUGGUCAAAGUAUUUCUUUUGGUGUCGCCUAUCAUCAUGCUGGCUUGACGUUAGAAGAACGGGAUAUUGUUGAAGGUGGAUUUAAACAGAAUCUCAUUCGAGUCUUAGUAUCAACCUCCACUCUUUCAUCAGGUGUGAACUUGCCAGCUCGAAGAGUUAUAAUUAGGUCACCUGGUUUUCAAGGGCAAUGUAUGGACAUUUUAACUUAUAAGCAAAUGGUUGGACGUGCUGGACGUAUGGGUAAAGACACAGCUGGUGAGAGUUAUAUAAUCUGUACUGAAUCAGACAAAGCUUGGGGUAAACAGUUACUAACCUCACAACUUCCUCCUGUCGAAAGCUGUCUAGGAAAAGGAAACUUGUCAAAUAGUCUGAAGAGAGCGCUGUUAGAGGUUACUGCCUGCGGUAUGGUUUCAUCUGUAACUGAAAUCCAAGAAUAUACAAAGUGCACUCUUUUGGCAGCGAGUGCGUCAGAAGAGAAAAUUUCAAAAGCUAUUAAUUCUUGUACGACUUACUUACAAGAAAAUGAAUUCAUUAAAUUAAACCUUGAUGGAAAUAUAUUACCAUCAUCUUUAGCCGAGGCAUGCCUGGGUGCAUCAGUUCCUCCGGAUCAGGCGCUGUAUUUGCUAAGAGAGUUGCAUAAAGCAAGGCAAUGUUUUGUGUUGGAUUCGGAUCUUCAUGCUAUCUACCAAGUGACGCCUUAUUCCAUUUGUGACUAUUGGGCAGUUGACUGGAUGCGAUUUUUCACUAUUUGGGAAAAUUUACCUCCUAAUCUUCAAAAAAUUGGAGAACUCAUCGGGAUUGAAGACAGAUUUUUAAUUAAAGCUAUGAGGGGAACAAUUAACCUAAAUGCUGACGAGUUUGUUCAAAAAGUUUCUAUUCACAAAAGAUUUUAUACAGCCCUUGCCCUACAAGAUCUCAUCAAUGAAGUUCCGCUUAAUCAAGUAGCAUCGAAGUAUGACUGCAAUAAGGGUAUGCUACAGUCUCUGCAGCAGUCAGCCUCUACUUUUGCUGCUAUGGUUACUAGCUUUUGUAGAAGACUAGGCUGGGGAGGGCUUGAAGUACUCCUGGCCGAAUUAUCUUCCCGAAUCCAGUUUGGCGUCCAGAAGGAAUUGCUGGAUCUCUUAAGAUUAGACUGUAUGACGGCUUUAAUGGCCCGAGCUCUAUUUAAUGCUUCAAUAAUGUCUGUAACUGAACUGGCUUCUUCCUCACCAUCAUCUAUUCUGGCGGCGAUUCGCAAAGCGAAACCGUUCCAGAGUGAAAUAAUUGGUAACAGAGAAGAGAAAAAGAAUAUUUAUGUGCCUGGAAGAGCUGGUCUUUCCGAGGCGCAAGCUGCAGACCUUCUAAUUCAUGAAGCUAGAAGAUUUCUAUUAAAAGAAAUGGGUGUUAAAGCAGCAGAAUGGGAGGCAAGUAAUGCGGAUUCGGUGAGUAAUUCAGUUUACGAACGCUCUACAAUUUUCGAUAGUGAACCACAAAAUAAUACAAAUUCUAAAAAUAUUCAUCCUGAAGAAGAUAAUCAUAGCAUUUUAAAUGAAAAUCAAUCAACGAAAGUCGACAAUGAUCAAAUCAACAUUAUGGAAAUUUCAAAUGAUAAACAGUCUCCUAUUGUAUCAAGAAACAUUGAUGUAAUGUUUAGAGAGGUUUUUGCAAUUGAAAAACCAGAAGCAUCUGUUAUUGUUGAUGUGCCAAAACUUGAUGAAGUACAAAAGCCUGAAUUAGUAAAACCAAAUAAUGUUACAUUUAUAAAAAAAAAUGUUUCUCCCUUUUUAGGAAUUAAUGGAGAAAAUUCAAAAAGUAAUAUUAAUUCCAGUUUAAAUCUCCAAAAGCUUAAUGAAAGUUUCAAAUUAGAAAGAGAAGUAAAAGAACUAACUGAAUUAAAUGAUACAGAAUUAAUUAACUCAGAAUUUGUAAGUAGAAUUACCGAAAGUAAUGCUAACAAAACUAAAUAUUCUCACAGAAUCGAUAAUAAUAUAGCAGGCAAUAUACAACAACCUAAAAACCAAUGUGAAAAUUUUCCUCUUAAUUUUUCUGACAACAGUAAGUUCCCUUUUUUUGAUAUUUUAGAAGUCGAAAAAAGAUUCUGUCAAGAAGAAACAGAAAAGAUACCAGAAAAUUAUUCCAAUAAGAAUCAAGAAUUCAAAGAACGUACAAUUAUACAUAAAGUUACUAAUGCAACAGUGCCUAUAAACAAUUCAAUGAGUUUUUUUCAUUUUUCUCAUUCUCCCAAACCCAUCUUUCAAAGUCCUAUUCAAAAUGAUAAUGAUUUCGUUAAAAUUAAUUCUGGUAAACUAAAGGAUCAAAACAUAAAUGUGAAUUGUAGCACUCCGGUUUCUAAUCAUAGCCAUGACGGCGCCAAUCUUAGUAACAACGAUAUGUUUUCUGAAUCACCGCUGAUGCAUUGUUCUAGUAUCAGACAAGGAAUAGAUAGCAUGAAAAAUCAAACACUCGAAGAAUUUGAUAUUAACUGGGGAGGUGACAGUCUUUUAGAAUUUUCACAAAUAGAAACAAAAAAUUUCGGAAAUAAUCCUAAAGAAAAUACUUUAAAACGUAAACUAUCAGAUACUUCAGAAGAAUUCAACUAUUCAAGAAAAAAAAUGUGUUUGCUGCAAGAAAAAGAAAAAUUUAAUUAUUCCAAAAAAACAUUUCUUCCUGAAGUCAAAGAAAAAUGUAUUGUUAAAGAAUCUGUGAGCAAAUCAUAUUUUCACGAUAGUAUGCCAUUUAAUUCUCAUUUAGAAAAUCUUAUUUCUGAGAAUGAAAAAAUUAUCAAACCAUCGUCAUCUCGGAAUAUUUUUGCGAGAAAUAAAAGUGAAUUAUCUUUUAAAUUGGAAUCGCCGAAUAUUGACUAUCUGAAAAUGAAAUAUCGUCCUAAGUCGGAAGGAAAUAUCUCUUCAAAAACUAUUAUUGAAAUGAAAGACAAAAGUUUGAAGGAAACACCAAUGUAUAAUACUUUUAACACAACAUUUAAAUUCAAAUUAUCUGAAAUGUUAAAUGAUUCGCUGAAGGAAGAAUUUAACAUAAAUGAUAUGAAUUCAGAUAAUGAUAACUUUGACAAGUUGGAUUUGAGUAUUUCUGAUUCAGAAGAUUUCAUCACUGGAUCACCUGAGCAGCUCAAAAAACAUAAGACUGAUUUCAGUCUCAAGAGUUCUGCCGGAAGUACUAAUGUUCUUGGUCGAUUUAGUUCUCCGAUUAAAGUUACACCUAAAUCAAGUCCAGCUAAGCAUGAUUCCCCUGGUAAAUAUCCUCCGAUAGGAGAAGACAUUAUCAAACUCACAAAGUCUCCAGCUAGUAAAAAAAGUUUUAUUAAAAAUAAGUCAACAAGUCCUUCCCGAAAGUAUGAACACAGGAAUGCAAGAUGCCUGAUGUCGGAAUUUAUUAAAAAAUACGAUGAUGUAUCACUUAUUAAAGUUGAUGAAAGUGUUACCAAUCCCAAUAUUAUUAUUGCAAAUAUAUUAAAUUCCAAAGAAGUGAGUUUUUUCAUUGAAAUAAAAGAUAUCAGUGAAUCCGAAAUUCAGAAAAAUAAAAUAGGUAAUAAAAUACUAAAGUGCAUUAAUAAUCAAGAAAAAAUACAGUACAAAUGUUGUUCGGGAGAUGUGGCCAUCGUCAGAAUUAGUUUUUUUAAUGGAAAAACUGUAUAUAAUUUGGAUAUGACUCUUGGAGGGGAAAAAAUGAAUUUAAUAUUGAGAGAGGUUUUCAGUAAUAAAGAUCUAAAACUUUGUGGUAUAGAUACUAAAAACAAAUUCCGAGUACUAUAUAAGUGUUGUAAUAUUGGAGUAGAGUGUGAAGUCUUUGAUGUAGGGGUUGCUGAAUGGCUUUUGGAUCCAGGAGAAAAAUAUAAGUCAUUAAAAGAGUUAGCCAAAGACUUGCUUGGAAAAUCUAAUCCUAUAGAUGGUGAAUUAGAUGAUAAAAUUAUACAAGAAUUGAUUAUAUUAAAAGAACUUCAAGUUGAAUUAGUUAAAAGAUUGAAGGAGCAUGAUCUUGAAAAAACAUUUUUUGAUGUUGAAAUUCCUAUUCAGAAAUGCAUUCUUUCAAUGGAACUUACUGGCAUUGGAUUUGAUCAGAAAGUAGUUAAUAAUUUGUGGUCUUUAUCGACAGAACUGAUGGGAACGCUGGAAAUAGCUGCAUAUACUUUAGCUAAACAAAAGUUCUCUUUGAAUUCUAAUGUUGAAUUUUCUAAGGUCAAACGAAAACUGAAAAUAUUACCUGAACAAGAAAAUAAUAAUUCAUUUAUAGAAAUAGUUCGUAAUUGGAGAAAACUACAUUCAUUAAAAACAAAGAAUCUGAGCCAGUUGCUUCUAGAAACGAAGGCCCGAUGUUAUUGCCGUAGUUCUACUAAAACAGUUACCGGAAGAAUAAUCUUAUACGAUCCGGACCUUCAGCAUAUUCCAAGAGAUUUUACUGUCAACGAAAAUCUUUUGAGCCUCAGGUCAGCCUUUAUUGCGAUGCCAGGUAACGUGUUAGUGUCUGCUGAUUACGGUCAGCUGGAAUUGAGGAUCUUAGCUCACUUCUCGCAGGACCCAGUGCUGAUUCCAUUAUUUAAACAAGAUGAUGAUGUAUUCAAGAUUAUUGCUGCUGAAUGGAAUAAUAUCUCUAAAGAAAUGGUAACCGAAGAAAUGAGGCAUCAAGUAAAACAAAUCUGCUAUGGAAUAAUUUAUGGAAUGGGUGACAAAACUUUAGGAGAAGCAUUGGGAAAGACCGCAGCAGAAUCCUCAAUGCUUUCCGCUCAGUUUAAGAGAACUUUUCCUAAAAUCAAUGAUUUUAUUAAUAAAACAAUUACGGAUUGUCGGCAGACGGGAAAGAUAAAAACUCUUGGAGGAAGGGUUCGAUAUCUUCCUGAAAUAAACAGCAAUAUAGCUCAAUCCAGAGCCCAAGCAGAAAGGCAAGCUGUUAAUUCUAAGAUACAAGGUUCUGCUGCCGAUAUAGCAAAAAAAGCAAUGGUGAACAUUGAAGAACGACUUAAUAACAAGUUUUCUCAACGCAAAUCUCUACCUACUGCCGAUCAUACUUCUCAUCUCAUCCUGCAGCUUCAUGAUGAACUUAUGUUUGAGGUAAAUGAAACCGUGAAAGACUCUUUUAUAGGUAUUUUAAAGGAUGCUAUGGAGAAAGCUGCUGUACUUUCCGUUCCGUUACCUGUUGUUGUUAAAGUUGGCAAAAAAUGGGGCAACUUAAAAAAAAUAUAAUUAGAUAUGAAGCAAUACGCUCAAUAACUAGGUUUUAAUUUUUUAUUGUGAUACAUACCCAAAGAUGAAUAAAGUUUAUUUUAUUGUUAAUAACUGUAAAUAUAAAAAAAAAAAAAACAAUUUAUUAAUACUUUUUUAAUACUGGUAACUUUUCAGUCAUAGGUUAGUUUUAAAUCAUCAAAUUUUAGUCAUUUAGUGUAUAUUUAAUGCUCAGAAUUAUCAUCGAGAAUCAUUUUGUUCCUACAUUUUAUUUUAUUAAUGUGAAUACUAUAUUACAUUAUAUUUAUUUUUUAUGGAAUAUUUUUUUAUUGUUACUUUUUUUAACAUUAUUAUUAUCGCUGUAUUUUAUGUUUGAUUUCUUCUUGUUGAUGUUAUUAUUAUUUUUUAUUUUAUGAUUAUUUUAUAAAAUAUAUAAAUUUUUAUUUGAUAUUUUCUUUAUUGUUGGCUUUUAGGUAAAAGUCGCUCGGUCAUGAUUUUUAAAUUUAGAAUUACUGAAAAUCAAUGUCAAGAAGGGUUGUUUUUUUUUUUCGGAGAAAAAUUGGAUUAAU